CAUUGUGAGAAAACACAAAACGUAUCGAAACACCUGUAACUGUCGCGUCAGACUGACCAUUUGUAUUAUAAAAUUAGUGGUUCUCGGAGCGCACAAUAUUUCUAAAAUUUCAAAGAUAUUUCUGGAAUAUCACCAAUAUUGUAUUAACCGAGUAUUGUUUAUGACAUCGAAGCGUCGUAGUUGCGGUAAUUGUGUAACGUACAUUCGAGGGAAAAAUGGACUUCGCGAUGGGGUGGAAUCGUUUCAACUUAACGUUGCUUGGCGUGUGGCCGGAGCCGAAGAAGAUCUCGAAUCUGUCGCGUCGAACAUCCACACUUAUAUUUUGGUCAACGUGUUUUAUAACAUUUACAUUCAUCUGCGCGCCUCAGACAGCGAAUUUAAUACUGAAAUCGACGAGCUUGGACGAGGUGAUCGAGAACUUGUCGAUUAACGUACCGAUCGUUUUCGCUUUGAUUAAACAAAUCGUUCUGCGGUACCAUAAAAAAGCUCUCACACUGUUACUUAGUCAAAUAUUUGAUGAUUGGACCGAACGUCCAAUUACGGACCAAGAGCGUGAAAUGAUGCUGAAGAACGCCAGAAUAAGUCGAAUAAUAUCAAUUGUCUGCUCCACGCUGACAUACAUGAUGCUCUUCGCAUUUAUAUCGUUGCAAAUUUGGAGUAACAUGCAAAACGUAUCAGAAGCUGACUUAGGAGGGCUGCUACAUCCAGCAACGUUUCCCUAUGAUACCAAGAAGAGUCCAAACUUCGAGAUAACCUGGCUAGGACAAUUUAUGGGCACAGUGUUAACUGCGAUCUGCUACUCUUGUUUCGAUACGUUUCUUGCAGUUCUUGUGUUGCAUUUAUGCGGCCAGUUAACCGUACUCAAAAUGGCUCUGGAGAAUUUGAUUAACUUAAACAACCAGACCAACUUUAUCAAGUUUCGAAAACGACUUGGCUUUAUUGUGGAUAGACACAAUCAAUUGUUCAGGUUCGCAGUGAUCGUGGAAGACUGUUUCAACCUCACGCUACUUUUUCAAACGAUAAUCUGUACGGCGAUGUUUUGUCUGACUGGAUAUCGCAUGAUAACUUCUGUAGACCAGGAGGAAGAGGACGUACCGAUAGUUGGAUUAAUUUUUUUUAUUAUUCACGUGAUCUACACUAUGUUGCAUCUAUUUAUUUAUUGUUAUGUCGGCGAAACGCUUCUGGGUCAAAGCACUGGAAUUGGUCAGUCUGCAUAUGAAUGUGAUUGGUAUGCUUUGCCACCGAAUGAAGCAGUUUUAUUAACUAUUAUUAUACGUCGUGCCAGUGUUGCCUUUAGAAUAACUGCUGGAAAAUUUAGUCCUUUCUCCCUGGAGUUCUUUAAUGCUAUUUUAAAAACAUCAGCUGGAUAUUUGUCUGUGUUACUAGCUAUGAAGGAUUGAAUAGUCGAUGAGUAA